GUGGAAAGUUUCAAAUUGAGGCUGAUGGAUGGAACGGUUGCUAAUUGAUCCGGACCCUAAAACGCUUAGACCAAGUUUAAGUUAGUUUACCCUUUCCGCCCUUUCACGUCAAAGGGAGAGAAGCAAGUGGGGUCUGUGCGCCGUGCGACACGAAAUCUUUCCAAUGGGGCAAUGGGGGAGAAGGCAGGAGCUUUUUCGUUGCUGCUGAAGUGCACUCAGAAAGGGAGAUCGCCUCCUCAUUCAACCUAAAAAAACAUCACCUCUCAAUCCUCAACCCCAACAACCAACCCGGACCGCGACACCGGAUAGCCUCUCUUAAUAACCGAAUAUCCUGUCGCAUUCUCGUCGCCUUACAACCAUCAAUUUAAUACCUACCGCGACGAAAAUAUAGCGCGCCAUCGGAUGGGUUUAGACUAGCUACGUGACAGGCUCUAUGCCUGCGCUUCGUUUUUCGCAACUCAAGCACCUCCCACGUCCACCACUCCUCGUAAGGAACCAUCUGCGCAUUCGCCUAUAGGAAACUAGUAGUACCUACCGUCGUUCAUCAUGUCGCACCAACCCGCUAUGCCUCCGAGGCAGUUCUCACCUCAACAACACUCUCCCAAUGGUCCCUAUCAACUUCCCCCAAACAAACGAGCGAAAUUGUCACCCGGUCCUGUAUCAAAUCCAGGUUCACCAUCAUAUUCCAAUUAUGCCCCUAGUCCAGGAGCUACUACGCCCAUCCCUACUCCGAAUCACAUACCUUCACCCGUUCCCCAUCCAAUUAACAAUCAAGUUCACCCGGGUACCUAUAACACUCCGUAUCAACAGACGAACGGUCGAGCCCAGUCGGUUGGAAUGUCCCUCACGAUGCCAACUCCCGUAUCGACGACACCGAUACCGUCGCCUCAGCCGCCCACACCGAACGCCUCUCAUCCGUCUUACUUGAACGCCAAACUCGCACCGGUUCCUUCUCCCGCUCCGACUCCUAUCGCACCCCCAGCUCAGCCGAUUAUCACAAACAUGGGGCCGCCAGCGCUAAACCCAAUGGUUUCCUUCAAUGACGGGUCGAAACCAGGCUCGAAAGCUGCGGCUAAGUCGGCUGAAACCUACGAUAUGAAUGAUAUGCUUUUGGGUACUGGCAUCGACUUGGAUGAAGAAGCAGAAUACAUGAACAACUUGGACAACCGCGGAUACCCGAAUUAUCCUCCCGCUGGACGAGAUUCUUUCUAUGGAGCUGGUCCGGCUAAUCAACCUGCUCAACAUACCGACGCGCAGACUCAAGAAGAACUGGCGGUGGAGACUGCAGAUCGAACAUGGAACGAAGCGGCAGCACGUCUUGCACGGACUAGAAGUCAGGAGAUUGGCCACUUCUUAUUACAGCCCGGCACGGUACAUAAACGAGUUCAGGAUGUGGCUCAGAAGUUUGGUCUGGGCCUCCACUUGGACUUAAAACCUGACACAAAGACGCCUUACUCGGGCAGAAUGGUGAACCCCGUCGACUUCCCCAAACCUGAAAUCAAGGUCAUAUCCAAGCCAGGGCCGGAUGGUACAAUGAUCCAAACUCUUGGGUCGUUCAUUCCCACGGACUCUUUCUUAGUUGACCAGCUUGCGCUGCUCUCGAUAAGUACGAAACAGCAUUUGCGUGAACUGCUUAAUGAUGCCAAUAAGAUUGCUACUGCACGGCAGAAGACCGCACAUGGAGUAGUACCUCAAGAAUGGGAAGAUGCGGCCGCCCCGAAGUCGACUACAGCGAAUGGAGUCCAACCCGAUGGCACGCGGACGGGUGCGGAGAGCGCGGUUAGCCCCCGCACAAACCCACUCAAACGUCCGGUGGAUGAGAUUAGCAAUGGACUUCCGACACCAGUCUCGGAUGUUUCUCCAUCCAACUUCAUGGUAGAAGCUCUAGCAGCAUCUGGAAAGGAUGCGCGAAACGCGGAGGAAGCUCGCUUGAGAAAGCGACUAAAACGGCUGGAAAAGCCUACUGACAGCAAAGAAGGUGGUGAUUCAUCGCGAGCUGGGUCCGUAGCCCCGGGUACGCCAGGAUCAAUAGCACCGGAUUCAGGUGAAGUUAAACCACCUACGAAGAAAGAGUCCAAGAAGGCGGCCAAAUUGGCAGAGGCGAGUAGUACCACAGUGAAUCAAACACUGGGUCUUUUUGCGGGCGGCAAGAAAAAGAAAUAUUCGUGGAUGACGGGGGGCGCCGCCAGUGGAACAAGCACACCUCGAGCCCAAGCUGGGGGCGCACCGGGCACACCAGGUGCUGCAGCUACUACUAGUAAUAAGGCUUCCCGAGGCCCCCUCACUAAAGCUGGUGUUACACAGCUCGGACAAUUCCGCGAGGAUUCCGACAAGGGGAAGAACAUCCAACUCCGUGAUUGGGUGGUUGUCCUCGAGGAGCGAGGUUUCGAUCAGAAGUCCUUGCAACACAUUUACGAAAUUCUAGACAAGUCUGCCAAGGCUACGGUAGAAAGAUCGAAGUAGCAGCAGACGAGUGGCUAAGAGGACUUGAUCCCGUAAGGAACGGUUGACCUGUCCUAAGCCAACUUAACCAAAAUCCGACCUAAACGAUGAGGCGAAAUAGUCGGCAGGAGUGGAGGAGUCUACCUUUUUAAGGCUCCCUGCGUUGUAUUCAGUAUACAUUAUUAUUUUUCUACGUUUUACAGCCAGGCGUUGAAAUCAAGAGGGCAUAGGGAGGUAACGGUUGGCUUUGCAUUUUCUGGUAUUAUACCUCCCUACGACUUAAUGUUCGUGUGGG